AUGGAAGGACUAAAUGCUGGUGAAGGCAGUGGUAGUGGUGUCGGCAUAGUUGGUGGUAAUGGAGUUGACGAUGGUGGUGGUGGUGGUGUUGGAAGUGAAGAAGGAGUUGGUUGUAAUGGAUCUGGUGAUAGUGGUAUUGUUGGCAGUGGUAGAGGCUGUGAUGGUGACGUUGAUGGUUGUUUUAUUGAUGACGAAUGUGCUAGUAUUGGCAGUGGAGGUGAAGAAGGCGGCAGAGUUGCUGUUGGAGGUGUUGGUAUUGAUGUCGGUGACGGUGAUGGUUGUGGAGAUUGCAAAUUAAGACUAUCUGAUGAGGAGAUUAAGUUUCCAAAUUACUGCACAACGCAAUCAAGUCGCCACACCCCCACCCACCCCCUUGAAACGUCCGAGAGCGCGCGUGCGCAAUCUCAGGGCGGUGUUGAAGGGCUGGCACGCACACCUCACCCCACCCCAUCCCACCCCCCUCCCCCUGUUCACGACAGUGUCGGGCAAUUUACAAACUCGCCCAAUUUAAUCACCGGCAUGGACAAUUCUGCGGAGCAGCAGUGGACUUGCGAGUUCACUGCCUACUGUUUGUAUCGAUCCUGUGUGGUUAGCCCUGAUCUUCGUCGGUUCCUUCCUCUGAUUGGUGGAGGCGGCCAGCACUGUUACAUCACUCUUUCUCAUCCAAUCACGUGUCUGUGUACAAAGGGCGUCGUAGCUUAUUGGCUGAUCAGCUGGAUGAAGCAGUUUGAGCCUUUGGAGAUGAGAAAGACGUUCUCUGUGACAUUCGUUGAGACAGAUCAGAUCCCCCAGCGACAGUGGAAGUAUCUCCAUCGACAAUGGAAGACCUCACUCUUCAACUGUCUGCCUUGGCACGCCUCGUUGAAUCAUCUUUGUGGCUCCUUCGUAACCCACUCGGGUCGUUUGAAGGGUGUUGACGCAAAAAAACGCCAUGUGGAACACGAAGGAGAAGGCGGUAUUGCGAGGUUCUGCAAGGCACAACUGCGAGCGGUCAAAAAGACUGCACACAUUCAAAAAGAACCGUCCAAAUUCGGUACCACAUUCACGGUGACGGUUCUGGACGUGAACGACAACCCACCCUACUUUCCAACCAAUCCCCUCACCGUGACAAUCUCCGAGGACGUCCAGGUGGGCAGUCUCGUGACGACACUCAACGCAAGCGAUCCAGACCGCCCCCACGACCUCCAGCCAAUCAUCUACUCCCUUCUCAGCAUCACCGCCUUGCCCAAUCUCCACCCCAUGACCCCUGUGAACAGUACUCAGUUUCGACUGGAGGGUCACACGGGUCGUCUCUUGCUCACCGAACCGCUCGACAGAGAGACGAAUCUGGAAUACCAGCUGACGGUCAGGGCCACAGACCGUGGCAGUCCAGAAGCUCAAUCGUGUGAUCUGGCUCUUCGCAUUCAGGUCCUCGAUGUCAACGACAAUCCCCCGGUGUUCGGGAACCCCUCGGGUUACCGAUUUGUCAUUGAAGAGGAGAAGGAACCAGGAUCGGUGGUGGGGGUUGUCACAGCUACCGACGCUGAUGAAGGCGAAAAUGGGAGAGUUUCGUAUCGUCUGUUUGGCACAUCCGCGGCAGUUCAACGCGGCUUCGUGGUGAACCCAAACACUGGAGAGAUCACAACCAAGGUCGUGUUGGACCGCGAGGUCAACGCCGCCUACGAGUUCUACGUGACCGCGGAAGACUCAAGCCCGUCGAAACGCCUCACCGCCACCACGAAGGUUGUCGUGGAACUCCUCGACAUCAACGACAACGUCCCCAAGUUCAUCUAUCCAACACAGCCCAACCACACCAUCCACGCCUCGGCGUACAGCAAAGUGGGCACAGCGAUUGUGAAACUGACGGUGUUCGACGCAGACGCUGCCGGAGAACAGGGCCUACUGUUUAUCCUCAAAAAUGCAACUUCUCCCGGCCUUUUCACGCUGAACCCCAGUUCAGGAGAACUCUCCUUCGCGCGAGAAAUCUUGGACGAAGACAUCGGCAGUCAUUACCUGGAGAUAGAGGCUAAGGACAACGGUGUGCCCCCACGGUCGUCGGUUACUUCCAUCACCGUGGUAAUCGAUACAAGAGCUCAUCAGCGUGCACCUGGCGCUACCAACUCUGGACUUGACUACUCCAACAGACCCGCCUAUUCGAAGGCCUGGGGAUCCAGAGCUGAGCCGGCCUACCCCCUCUACGGACAGGAAGGCAGCGGCCACGAGGUCUACUCACGUCAAGACGGCUCCCCGCCAGCAUUCGAUCGACGCCUAAUCCUCAUCUGCUGCCUCGCCUUCCUUGGAUGCCUUCUCCUCGUGGUGUUCGGAGCCAUCCUCAUUCGAUUCAAGCAUCGCAAUCCCCUCCACGACAACGAGGCUUCCACGAAUUCCGUGAAUUUCGUCCACGCCAAGGAGGCUAAGUACCGCGCCGCGACGCUGCAACCCCAGACGACGCCAGUCUCGGCUUUCGGCGCCUCCGGAGUGAAGGAUGCGGGUCGAUAUGUGUACGGCUGGUCGGCGCAAAGGUCGCCUCUCAUUGCUUCGACGACCGCCGCCCCCCAGCAUCGACUGCUUCCAGACCAACAGCACCAGCAGGAGCAAUUCUUCCGCAUGGGAUUCGUCAAUAACCCCGCAGCAGCAGUGACGAUGUCUUCGGCUGGGAACGCCAACUUUGAGAGGUCUACGAGGGGCGAUUCCAUGCUGCAGGUAAGAAGAAAGUGUUCUAACAUGAUAUAUGUCAAAUCAAUCGCUAGACGAUGUGUCACGGCGGUUGUGGAAUUCUUGGUGGCGAAAAAUCGAUCGAGCUCCCUGGGAGACAGUCUCGAAGACUACGAAAGGCCUCCACUUCCGAUGAAUGACCGUGCAAAUUUGUACCUCAGCCAGGGCCAAGUGAACAGAGCUGGAACAGUCUGGGAGCCGCGAGCAGACCGUGGACUCAACAACUACGAAGCAGCCGGCGAUGGAAGUGGAUAUUACAACAAACUCAGUGCAACCAGUGGAGUCAUUCUUCAACCGGGUGCGUACAUGCAGGGUGGAGAGUUCUUUCAUGAGAACUGUGACGAAAGCAACGGCGAACCCGAUGCCUCCGUGUUCCUGAGAUCCGCCCGACCAACAUCCACGCGCAACGCCGGCUACCAGACGCUUUCCAACGUCUCACCGCAGUCCUCCUCUGACGAAACAGCCAACUUCUUCGCUGACGCCCCACCCGGUGCUCUCGAACGUGCCGACGACGCGACAAGGACUGCACCACCCCCACCACCGCCGCAGCCGACGACGGCGACAUCAGCAUCAUCAUCGUUGUCGUCAUGGCGGAAGAAUCUUGGCAAAAAGGGCAUCGUCAGCUCGUCGUUCGUCUGA